CGCAACUGAGCUCAGGCGGCCGCCGCCGCUGCGAGAGACCACAGUGGACUCUGCCUCCCUCAGCGGAGGCAGCGAGGGACCAUGAACGCAGCCGCCGAAAUCAAGAAGCCACCGGUGGCCCCCAAACCAAAAUUUGUGAUAGGACACAAAGUAGUUCCUCCUCCUGUGGCACCUAAACCAGAUAUUGUUCUUGCAGAUGCUUUACAAGUCACAAAGAAAAUGAAGCCAGCAAUAGCACCCAAACCAAAAGUUUUGAAAUGCUCAUCUGUUCCUGAGGCUAAAGCUGUACCACCAUCUCUAAGAAAAAAUUCUAAGAGUUUGGAAGAGCACAAAAGAGACUCUUCUGAGUAUUUGGUUCAUUUGAAUUAUAAAAAUGGAGCCCCAAGAGACAAUACUGCUUAUAUUAUAUCAGUGUGUUCAUGCAAUUUUGAAUGCAUUCAUAAAUUGGGGAAUGGAGGAAAUUCAUGCAAAAAUCCAACCAUUUUUGAACAAUUGGAAAACCUAGAGAACAUUGAUAUAGGCGAACAAACAUCAUCUUUGAAACCUAGGACAAUACUUGACAGUCAUAAUGAAAAAAAUAUGAAUAAAAAUAGGGUAGUCUUGAAGGCUAAUUUGCUAGAGGGGAAACUUAAAGAUGUGUUAACACAAAGUGUUUUCCCUAAUUGCAGCCAUUUGAGGCAAAAGCCAUUGUAUAAAUUUGAAAAGAGUAAUGUUAAUUCUUAUAGCAAUGACAUUAAAAUAGAAUUUACAGACCUUGCCCCCCCCUCAUCUAGUUCUGAAAAGAUCAUGAUCGACUCAGAUAAUGUAAAGUUAGGUGGUGCUGAGCCUGAAAUGUCAGAAGGGCUGCCUUUGAGUGAAAAUAACUCCUCCUUGCUUGAGCUGCCAACUUUGGAUACUGAUGAUUUGCAAACAAGCACCUACUCCAAAGAGAACAAUGAAUUGUUAGUUUCAUUUGGAACAAGCUCUGCUCCAUCUGCUAAAUCUCUCCCAGUUCCAAAGCCAAGAAAGCUACGUGUGCCAUGUUUAGUUCGCCAAGAUGGCAUAGAUAUCCCAGGAGAGAAAAUAAAAGAAACGGUCACUUCAGAGCAUGAUUCUUAUGGACUUUCUGGCGGUCUUGUUAAAAAAACAGCAAAAGUAAGUGUUCUUGUUGAAAGUGUUUCCUAUAACAGUCAAGAACUUAUGUGUGCAGUUGAUAAAUCUGAAAUUGCUCCAUGCAUUGCUGGGAAACUGCCUCUGACAACCAAAUCUGGUGAUUUCAAAGAGCUAAUCCCACAAAAACCCUCACCCAAGAUUUUACAUGAAAGUUCUCAUCUAGCAGAAAAUGUUGAUCCUUCUUUGGACCCUUACUCAACAAACCCGUCUGAUAAUAUAAUGGAAGAUAUCAGUACAUUGGCUGAUAAUAGCAAAAAUACUGACUUUGUGAGGUGUAGCAAUCUUUCUAUGAGCUUGCCUAAGCAAUUAAAAUUAUCAUGCAUUCAGCAUUUGCCUGCUUUUGAAAGCCUUGAUGAUUCUGCACAAAAGAAGGAAGAUAAAGACAUUCACUUAAAAGCUGAAGGUUCACCAAGAAUCAUUCCUAAAAAACCUCAAAGGCACAGCAUCCCUGCAGCUGGUCUGCUGAAAAAAGCUGCAUCUGAGGAACUGCUAGAGAGAAGCGCUUAUGAGGAAGGACAUUCAGAGACUCCUCUGGAAGGAACUCGUAUAAGGCAUCUGUCAGCCAAAGAACAAAGUUCAUUGCUAUUCUGUGAUACACCAAAAUCAUCUUUGGAGAAACCUGUUUGGAAAUUACCUCAUCCUAUUCUCCCAUUUCCAAGCAAUCUAGAAGCUUUAAAAAAGAAUGCAAAAAAUUCUGGACCCAUAAGUUCUAUAACAAAGCCUCGAGCCAAAUCCUUGUCUUCUGUAGAUAUGGACAGAAUACAUAAACCCACCAAAGAGCCUCAAAAGAAAAACUCAUUAAAAAAAUUCCUAAACAUGAAGCUUUCUAUAUCCAUAAUGAAAACUGACUUCCAGAAGUUUUUGACCAAGGGCAGUCAAGCUACAGAUAAUUCCACUGUUGCUUUCUCUAGCCAGGAAGAAAUUGGAAAAAAUCAGACUGUAACUAGCAUGACAAAUGGAAGGAAAACUAAACCUCCAAAAGCGCAAUCUGCAGAAAUGGAUAGCCUACAAAAGGGAAAGCAAAAGUCCAGGGCUCAUAAUGAUACAACAAGCAGCCAGCGGUCAAAGUCAUUAGAUGAACAGGCCAUCUCAUCCCAAGAACACUUAAAUUCUAUUGUUCAUGACUGCAUACAAUAUGAAAAUGUGAGCCAUUAUGAAGAAAUCCCAGAGUAUGAGAAUUUGCCUUUUGCAUCCACUGACAAAAAUCCAUGUUUUAAAUGGCAACAUUCUCACACUGCUGAUGACCAGGAUGCUAAUUUGUAUGAAGUAGAAGACCUAUAUGAACACACAAGGAACUGUUCAUUGUUUAGCAGGUCCUCAGCAGAAGAACUUGAUGGUUAUGAUUUGGCACUGGAAGAUGUACAUUCAGACGAUGAAUUGAUGCUCAGAGAUGUAAACAGCUCUGAUGAAGAUGUAGAUACCAAUUCAGACUCCAGCAAAGGGGAGCUUGAUAUACAAGAAAAAAAGCAGAUUAAAGCAGCUGGGAAGAAAACUAAGGCUUACCAUAUUGCUAAAGAAAUCAUGAGUUCAGAAAAAGUGUUUGUAGAUGUGCUAAAGCUCCUACACAUUGAUUUCCGAGAUUCAGUGGCACAUGCUUCCAGGCAGCUUGGAAAGCCAGUCAUUGAAGACAGGAUCCUGAAUCAGAUCUUGUACUAUCUACCUCAGCUAUACGAGCUCAAUCGAGACCUUUUGAGAGAGCUAGAAGAACGUCUGUCUCACUGGGUUGACCAUCAGAGGAUUGCUGAUAUAUUAGUGAAAAAAGGACCUUACUUAAAGAUGUAUUCAACUUACAUCAAAGAAUUUGAAAGGAAUAUAGCCCUCCUAGAUGAGCAGUGUAAGAAGAACCCAGGAUUUGCUGCUGUUGUUCGAGAUUUUGAGAUGAGUCCCCGCUGUGCUAACUUGGCCCUUAAGCACUAUUUGCUGAAGCCAGUGCAGAGGAUUCCCCAGUACAGGCUGCUUUUGACAGAUUAUUUGAAGAAUCUUUUAGAAGAUUCUGCUGAUUUCAGAGACACGCAAGGUGCUCUUGCUGUUGUCAUAGAGGUGGCCAACCACGCCAAUGACAUUAUGAAACAGGGUGAUAACUUUCAGAAGCUUAUGCAAAUACAGUACAGUUUAAAUGGUCAUCAUGAGAUUGUGCUGCCAGGAAGGGUUUUCCUAAAAGAAGGUACAUUGAUGAAACUGUCCAGAAAAGUUAUGCAACCCCGAAUGUUCUUUUUGUUUAAUGAUGCUCUCCUGUAUACAACUCCUGUACAGUCUGGAAUGUAUAAACUCAACAACAUGCUAUCACUGGCUGGAAUGAAAGUCAGAAAACCAACCCAUGAAGCUUACCAGAAUGAACUUAACAUUGAAAGUGUAGAGCGAUCCUUUAUUCUGUCAGCAUGUUCUGCUACAGAAAGAGAUGAAUGGUUAGAAGCUAUUUCAAGAGCAAUUGAAGACUAUACAAAGAAAAGGAUUACCUUUAACCCUAGCAAAAGUCUGGAAGAGGCAGACCAAGAGAAAGAACAAGAAGAUAGUCCAAUAGGGUCAAAAGCUCCAAUCUGGAUCCCUGAUACAAGAGCUACCAUGUGUAUGAUCUGUACUAGUGAGUUCACAUUGACCUGGAGAAGACACCACUGCAGAGCAUGUGGGAAGGUAAUCUGCCAAGCUUGUUCCUCAAAUAAGCAUGGGUUAGACUAUAUGAAAAAUCAUCCUGCAAGAGUAUGUGACCAUUGCUUUAAAGAGUUACAAAAACAGGAUCAUCUUUGCACAUCUCCUAAAAAUGCCUCUCCAGUAAACCACAAAUCUCCUUCUAGUGCCUUGUCCACAGUGUUGCAUAGUAUCCCUUCUGGAAGAAAGCAGAAAAAGAUUCCAGCUGCUCUCAAGGAAGUAUCAGCAAGUACAGAAGAUUCUUCAAUGAGUGGCUAUUUAUAUAGAUCAAAGGCUAGCAAAAAGCCAUGGAAACACCUGUGGUUUGUGAUAAAAAAUAAAGUUCUGUACACAUAUGCUGCUAGUGAGGAUGUAGCUGCUUUGGAGAGCCAGCCUUUAUUGGGAUUUACAGUUGCUGAAGUCAAAGAUGAACACUUAGAUUCUAAAGUUUUCCAUCUGAUGCACAAAAAUACUUUGUUCUACAUAUUCAGAGCAGAAGACCCCCAGUCAACACAAAAGUGGAUAGAAGCUUUUCAAGAAGCCACAGUAUUGUAAUUUGGGUGGUGGUGUCAUUUUGCGUAAAGAAAAAAAAGGUGACACAAGUACAUACUACAGGAGAUUCACUGAAUUUUGUAAACAUUGACCGAAACAAUCCUACAUCAGUUAGGAGACUUUGCCUCUUUUGUUUAGGCACAGUAAUUUUUAAAGAAAUGUGUAUACUUGUCUUUUUGUCAUACAAAAAGUGUUAUUUAUUAAACUCUGCCACUGUUUUACUUAA